AUGACGGUAACUUACAAGGACGUUGCCAAGGCAAGCGACAGAAUAAAGAACUACGUCAAUCACACACCUGUUUUGACUUCAAGAACACUUAAUGAGAAGCUUGAGGCGCAAUGCUUCUUCAAAUGUGAAAACUUUCAGCGCGUAGGUGCAUUUAAGUUUAGAGGUGAUAUGAACACCCUAUUGAGUUUAUCGGAUCGCGAGAGGGAAGCCGGUGUGGUUGCGUUUUCAUCUGGUAAUCAUGCACAGGCCGUUUCGUUAGCUUCAAAGAUUUUAGGCGUCAAGGCUACGAUUGUGAUGCCCUAUGAUGCCCCUGCAGCCAAGAUGGCGGCGACGAGAGAAUACGGCGGUAAUGUGGUGCUAUAUGACCGCUAUAAAGAGGACAGGGAGGCCAUUGGACGCGAGCUGGUUGCCAGUAAAGGAUACACACUCAUACCUCCUUUCAAUCAUGCUAUGGUCAUUGCUGGACAAGGAACCGCUACCAAAGAAUUGAUUGAGGAAGUGGGCAACUUGGACUAUCUCUUCGUUCCAUUGGGUGGAGGAGGACUUCUCUCAGGCUCCUCUUUGUCCGCAAAAACACUUUCGCCGAGCUGCACAGUGAUUGGUGUUGAACCCGAGAAGGGAAACGACGGCCAGCAGUCAUUCAGGUCAGGCAAAUUGGUGCGAAUUGAUACGCCUGAUACGAUAGCAGAUGGUGCUCAAACGCAGCAACUGGGCGAGCUAACUUUUAGCGUCAUCAAAGAGCAUGUGGACGAUAUUAUCACGGUUUCAGACGAGGAGCUCAUUACUGCCAUGAAAUUCUUCGCGGAGCGAAUGAAGAUUGUUGUCGAGCCUACCGGGUGCCUAGGAUUAGCAGGCGCACUUUCCCUUCAACAUCAGAUAACCGGAAGGCGCAUCGGAGUGAUUGUAAGCGGAGGAAACGUCGAUCUAGCUCGUUACGGCAAGUUCAUCUCCUCCUAG